AUGGCGAAAGAUUACAUUUACGCUGUGACACCACUCCUUGUGGAUGCACUCAUGGAGAGGGAUAUCGUACACCGACAAAUAGCAAUGGAUGCAGUGGCGCAUUUGACGCUGGGUGUUUUUGGUUUUGGAUGCGAAGAUGCGCUGAUCCAUUUGUUCAACUACGUUUGGCCGAAUAUGCUUGAAAACUCGCCACACGUCAUACAGCGAUUUGUGUUUGCGUGUGAUGCGAUGCGUGUAUCGCUUGGACCUAUCAAGGUGCUUCAGUAUUGUCUUCAGGCUUUGUGGCACCCAGCCAGAAAAGUUCGGGAGCCAAUCUGGAAGGUUUUUAACAACCUGAUAUUGGGAUCACAGGAUGCUCUGGUAGCUGGUUAUCCACGCAUUCUGAACACAGAAAGAAAUAAUUUUGUGAGAUAUGAACUGGAUUAUGUGCUAUAG